AUGGCCAAAGCAGUGGGUAGCGCGGCAUGGGUCGCCGCAGAGAAAGAGAAUGUCCUCGAUCUGCUGCGAGAAGAAAAGGAGGAGCUCAUAUUCCCUGCUCAACACGAGUUGGAAUGGUUGAAUGAGCACAUGAACGAUAUCUUCACCACAAGUCAUGUCAAUAUCACCGAUGUUUUCAAAACACCCGGUAAGAUGCAUGGCAAGACGCCCAAAACCAACAGAAAGCGCAACGCCGCCGAAACGCGCGUGCCGUUGAGUGAUGUAUUCUCUGCACAACCCGCCCAGCGGCAGCAAAGUCCCGUCAAGACACGCUUCGCGAAGCCUCCACCAAGAUUCGAGAUCCCAGCCGACGUGACCCAGACCCAAACUCAGAAGACUAUCAUACCAUCCCAAGCAGACUCCGGCUAUCAUACCUCGAGUCAGUCUCAAGCCGAUCCCGACGAGACCGCUCCGUUGAAUACUAUUCAUGAACCAGCCCGAUUCGAGCGCCAAUCGACAGAUGCUAUGGUCAGGCCCGAACGCGAACGUAGCCCCGGACGAAGAACGACUGAGGGAUCAUUUCACUCUGCCAAAGAGGAUCAGACUACGAAAAUUCUAGCAAAACAAGCAGAAGGCCCACAGCCCGAGCCCGCCAUCGUAUCUGCUCCAGAGUUAGAACCUCAGCAACAAGAACCUGAACAAGCUGCUUUUGAGCCUGAGUCCGCACCUCCUGCGGACGUCGAUAUGGACGACAUUGGCUCGCCAUCGGACGAGUCAACUCCAGAUCGGCCGCUGGUGCGCAAGGGAAGCUUGAAUUUUGCGUCUCUGCCUGCACGUGAACCUAUGAAGACCAGUAUUGGAGCUCGUAUUUCACACCAGAAGAAAUCAUUUGGCCCAGCGCGAAACAGCCAGUCGCUACAUCAUGCUUCUCACUCCUCCCCGAAGCAAGACUUCGACCACUCCGAUGAUGACGAUGUCGUGAUGGAAGAUUCUCAUAUCCAGAUCCUGGGUCGAGACGAGUCAGAGGACGAGCAGCAACCUAUCAGAUCUACCAAUGAGACCGCUGCGCAGAGGCUGCAGAAGAAGAUCGAAAUGCUUGGAAAAGCUCCUCCGCCUAGAGCUUCCAAAUCUAUUCCUUCUGUUUUGCAAAUGGUCAACCGAAAGUCUGAGGCCCCCAAACCAGGCGAGAAGGAAGCACAGACGGAUGCCGAUGAUGACGACUGGAUCAAGCCGCUGGAGUCAGCAUCGAGAGCGAAUGAAGAUGAGCAUACCGAUGAGGAUAUGGACUCCGACCGAGCAGACGAAUUUGACGUUCGCGCUCCUGAGUUGAUCGCACACGAGCAGAGAAUGGCUGCUUUCUCGCCUUCCCCUCCAAGACAGCGUCCAGGCUUUGGCCAUGCUAAGUCCGCCUCUACAGCGACCCUGGUCUCUCCAGCCAAACUCAACAUGGCGCCAACUCGCAGUCCUGCCAAAUCGAUCUCGGUGUCCAACCCACAACAGCAGCAGCAGCCAACGACAACUCCCCAGGGCUCCCCGCGUCGUUAUCUUGAUCUCAGCGCGUCAAAAUCUCGUCUACAGUCCAUCAUGAAAUCAGCUAAGGGCUUGUUUACUAGCAGUGCUAGUGUCUCAGCCGCGGCGAAAAUGGAGACGUUAUCGCCCACCGCUAGGCAAGCUAAUGCCAUGCCUGGCAUGUUUCCCCGUGGCGGCAGUGUGCUGGAAGACAAGCCACUACCCAAGAGCCCUCUCAAGGAAGGCAGACGGACGAGGAGCUCGACUGAGCGUGAAAAGGAGGAGAAACGCAAAGACAACGACGUCAAAGCGAUGGAGAAAAUGGAUGAGCAGCUACAAAAAGCACGCGAGAAGGAGGCACAAAAGGCUGCAAUGCAGAAACAACAACACAGCGAGAAGGAAGCAGAAGAUGCACAACCACAGUCUAGGAUUCAGCGUCCUCCCAAGGCCAUCCGAGAACCGGUCCAGAAAACCAAGCCAGCUCCCGUCGCCAUAAAAGUCGGAACUAUGUCGCAGCGAGUGCCAAUCGGCUCUUCGAUAGCCAAUGCUUCACAAGAAACGCUUACUGCGGAACCGAAACGUCCCGGCCUCACCAAAAAGGCCAGUACCUCUUCUAUUUCUUCGAACACGCAUUUCAAGACCUCAGUACAGUCGCAGCCUACCAAGCCCAAAGCUCUUCUUGCUGCCGAGCGCAAGAGAGAGGCUGAUGAACGUGAAGCCAAGCGAAAGGCUGAGGCCAAACGAGAACUCGAGCGCAAGAGAGAGGAGGCUCGGCAACAAGAAGCUAAGCUGCGCGCUGAGACCGAGCGGAAGGAGCGUGAGCGUGCAGCUGCUGAGCAGGCGAAGCGUCAAGCUGAACAACAGGCUAAGCAGCAGGCCAUUGAGCGGAAGCGUCAAGAGGCAGCUCGAAAGGCUGAGCAACAGAGAAUGGAGAGGGCCACUCAAGAUGCAUCCCGUCCACCGUCUCGAGCUGGCGGUCCUCCUAUGUCUCGCUCGCUGAUCGGCCAUCCCAUUCCAACGAACCCCGCGAAGCCAGCCAAACGACCGGUCGACGAAGAGACGGCUCGUCCUCAAGCCAGCAAGUUCGGGCAAGCUUCGCAACAACAAGACGCCAAGCGGCGACGGACUGAGGAUGAGCAGGAAACUCAGCGUCCGACCAUGUCUGGUGCUCCCAUCCGGCAGUCCAAUUUUGGCAAGAAGCCUUCGAUUUUCAACCAUUCGAGCUAUGCCCCUGCCCCUCAACCAGGCCAGCUGGGACAGUUUCCUCAGCCACCCAACCGGAUGGCGCCUCCACAGAUGGGACAAUACGCGCAUUCAAAGAUCCCAUUCGGCGAAAGCUCCAACCAGCCCAUCCACAACAAGACGCCGGCUUCCGCAUCGCACAAGACGCCAGCAUCUGCAUUCAAGUCGACGAUUCAGCCCGUCAAAUCGUCACCACAAUAUACGCCUGGAGAGCAGAUCAACCUGCCGGAGAUCCCAACCGACUCAGAAGACGAGGACUCGGACGAUGAGGGCAACGCAUUCCCAAUCCCCGACUGGGCCACCCCUGGUCACCUUACGGAACAGCUUAUCCGACAGGAGGGUAUGGAUGGCGAUGCUGUGUUCGGACCCAUAGCGCCAUUGAAGAUGGAGGAGAUUUUCGCAAAGGGCAACAAGGAGCGAUUGAAGCGCUUGCGAGAUCGUACAUCCAGCGCCAAUUGGGCUAUGAGUGGUGAUGGUUUGACGCUCGAGGAAGUCCGGAUCGAUCGGGAACAGCGUGAACGGAUGCGUGUCCAGGGUGGGUGGGUCUACGGUCAGGGGAAGUAG